AGCUCUCUAUAACAUCCUAUAAGCGCUGAAGGUCAGAUUCCUAUAAAUAAAAAAAUGACACUCAACAUUAAAAAGAAGUUUGAGAUUUAGCAUUUAUGCAAUGAUUAAUGGGACUUGAAGCUUGAAAGUUAAAAAUUGUCAAAAGUUUUUAAGAGUGAUCGCUUCCAUCAUCGGCCCCCUCAAAUCUGCAAAACUUUCCGUGGAAAUGAUAAAAUACACCGGAGAAUAUGCUGGCGGUCCCAAAACCCUUCUCACUAAAAAUAACUAGAUAAACUUCCUGGCUAAAGGCGGAACAUAAUUUGUCAUUUGGAUCUGAGCCAUAUGAAUGUUGCAUCACGUUCAUUCAGAUCAUGGUGUUAUGGAGUCAACGUGUGUAUCCUGAGAGUGAACUGUCUGGUGUCCGCAGGAAUUUCUUUGGCCUCAAAGCCCAAAGAGUGGUAGGAAUAAAGUGAGUGGGCGUCUGUGUAGCAGAGCAUGUCCAAAUUUCUUUGGAAUUGUUUUGACAGUGUUGAACUCCCGACUCAAACACAGGGUUUAGCAACAUACUAACAGGAUAUGGUGACUGGCACGCAGAAGUCACCAAAGUAUUCAAGCACUGUGCAAUCCGCCAACAGGCAUGGUGAGCACUUGUUGUAAAGUUUCGGGACAUGCAGCCAGGCUUGUCAAAAUCCCUGAUUGACUUUGAGUUCAGGAUGGGUGCGUGGACACGAUUUGGAACUUUUCCAGCUCUGUGAAAUACCCCGGCAAAACUUGGGAUGACUGUUCAUGGCCAGAGAAGACUCUACAAAAGUGAUACUUGAGGGUGCCGUCUUUAUAUUUGUGUGUAUAGCGAGAUUUGCAGCAUUUGCAUGUGAACUAGCCCAUGCAGUAUCAAGUGAGCUAGGGUGACUGCAAAGUUUUGUGUCGUCGUUGGAUGAGUUGUUCGGCUUGAAUCGGAAAAUGUCGGGCGUACGUAGAAAACUGAGGAAAUGGCGGGAAAAAGAAGCAGAGAAAAAGGCUGAUAAACACGGGCCGACGUCCCCGGAUCAUGCAAUGAGCGGAAGCACAGAUGGAGGUUCAGGGGGAACCCCAGAGACGAAGAGGGGCCGUUCCCUAAAGAAGAACCUCAAGGCCCUAAUGAGGACCCCAAGGAAACAGAAAGGGGAGGUACCCGCCCCCAACCAAGUCUCUGUCCAAGGCCAACAGACUCCACAAUGGCGUGCAGCGGAUAGCAAACUGCCCCAGGAGGAAAUCAUGCAGAUCUUCGACGAGGUCAAACAGGGCAAAUCCACCAUAGAAGAAGCCUGGGCCAAGGUUGACGAGAGAGAAGCCGAACUCCUUAAACAACAGAAUACCCCUGAUCCCAUUCCACAAUCCCCUCCCCUAGACUGGAGUCCGAGGCAAGUGCAGAGGACGACAAAACCGAUCAAUCUUGGUAGCAGUGCUGAAGUCAGCCCGGUUACGCCCUCUGACACUGACGAAUCGGCGAGAGGGGCAACAGCCUCGGACGUAAGUCCCCACACCUACGAUGAGACCCCAGAUGCAUUCCUUCACGACAACGCCUCAGCAACUGAUGUCUUUGACAGCGAUGAGGAGGACAAUGGCGGCAUUGGUUUCCAGCAGUCGCUGAACGAGGCAGGUUUGAUUUACAGGAACCCUCUGCAGCAGUCGCUGAACGAGGCAGGUUUGAUUUACAGGAACCCUCACGCCCAGCUGGCCAGCCAUUCAGAGGAGGAGGUAGGCAGAGAGGAUAGCGCCCUCUCACCCGCGGGGCCAGACACGGAGACCUCGUCGGAGAGCACUAACAACAGGCAUGGCAGCACGCCAGCUUUGCCUGGUGACCAAGAUUACCUGGAGCCGAGUCCGGUUGUCAAUCCAAAGAGAGGCCGGUCAGUAAGCACUCCGGCAGUUCACGUCAGUCUUUCGCUUGGGUAUUUCGCUGGAAGUUAUGGCUCGCUUGUGAAAAAAAGAAAAGAUCCCAUAUGGCCCAAAAGUAGCAAGUCCGUCUUUGGCAAAUUUAAGGAAUUGAUACCAAACAUGCCGAGGCACAAAUCGUUAUCACCCUCACCGGACGGACCUGAUGGACAACAGGGAGGAAGUGAAGCAUCAGACGGUAGUCUGGAUCGGUGCGGAACCUUCGGCUCCUCGGCAAGCACGUGUAGCAGUUCAAAGAGUUCAGGUGAAACUGAGACUCAGCAACCGAGCUACGAGGUGGAUUCCGACUUGUUGGACAGCGAGGGCGAGUAUCGCGGAAAGCACUUGAAAGUUGUACGAGCCAUAAUAGAUGUCGAUCCAAGCCCGCAUGAUGUAACUUUGCUUCCUCUGAAGAAAGGGGAUAAAGUUUAUGUCACCAAAGACAGUGGUGGCUACUGGGAAGGCGUCCAAGGCAAACGCCGCGGCAAUUUCAAGUUUAUCCACGUUGAGCAGCUGAGUAAAGAAGAGCUGGAGAAGGAGAAACUCAAUCCAGAAGAGGACACUGACACUGACGACAUCCAAGUCAUGCCCACGUUUGCCAAUCUUAAGGAGUUACUGGAGUUGAUAGAAUGCGAGCAAUACUUCACCACACUUUAUCUGCACGACUUUGGCAACUUGGAGCAGUUCAAGCAACUGGAAGAGGGGCAUCUUAGCUCGCUGAGCAUCACAGACCCCAAACACAUAGUGAAGCUUACCACGGCAGCGCAGAUGCUGCGUAACCCCAAAGCAGGUAAAGAUAGAGCGAAAUCACAGCACAUACACGGCCUCUUCUCACCGACUAGACAACCUAAGGGACGCAUGAUGACGAGAGACUCUGGGUUCUAUGCGAGUACAGAAACCUGCGUGUCAUUUGACAGCUCCGGCCUUCACAGGUGCAGCGAGACUGGAGACUCGCUGAUUGAGGAAUGCGAAACUGCUUUCCAUGGCGAGGAGAUGAUGAUGUCACCGUCAGAUGACACUCUGCAGGAGAACAGCAACGUGAACAAUUCCAACUGUAUCAACUCCUUGCGGUCCCAAAAUGGGUCCCCAGUUGGCAGAAUGGGUAACCCAUCGUGCAGGCACAGUGGGGGACCCAGCCCAAACUUUGGAAACGGCCACCACAUCUCGGGUUCGCCGUCAUGCCCACGGAAAGAAGGAAACGGCUCGGCCAGUCCACUAUCCCAUCAUAUCUGUAGAGUUCAGAGCAACGGGGUGUCCACAAAGUGUGGAGGGCAGCAUUUCACCAACAGCCCAGGUUGGAACGGCCGAGACUCACCCUCGUUCCAACACAGACACUUGAUGGCGACCUUCAGCGAUCCCGGCUCAGCCCCAAACUCCCCCCGUCUGCGGCCUGGUCAGAGGUCGGCCAAACGGUGCCCGCUUCAGUCCGGCCACAGUGCAGACCACCAGUGCCCGUCUCCAGAUGUCGUGCCCAAAGUCUAUAGCGAUGACAUCACGAGAUGGCGGAAGAGCGCGCUGUUAGAGAUGUAUGGCCUUCAUGACCCAUCUCGUCUUCGAAACUCAGGAGGCUUCCUGCAGUCCUCGCUCGCCAAGACUCACCCAAGUCCCAAACUCCCCCGGCGUGUCAUGGAGCAGUACCAUUGCCACGCCCUCCACUCCAGCCCGCUCCACGCGGCCUCACCAAGUCAGCAGAAGGGCCGCCGGAAAUCCCGCAGUGUAUCACCGCAUCACCACAGGCAUCACCAACCCCACCGCGACCUUAUGCUGUCACAGAACUCUGUCCACGGAUCACCGACUUUGCCGCUACGACCUAACAAGUCACCGCAGCCCAACGCCCAGCUGGAAUGGCGUGUCGAACAAUCGCUGAGACAAGAAGGGAUUGACCUCAAGGAAGAACCCUACUCAAACAAGAUGGGUUUCUGUGGCAUCCCACCAGCUUUGGUUCAGCGUUAUGCCGAGGAACAAGCAGCUGAGGUGUCGGAGGUCGCGGCUUGCCUGGAAUCCCUCCGAGUUCGGGAUCUAGUUGAUUCCUGCCGAUGCUGGUUCCGAAGCGACACGCUGGCCAGCCAAUCGAGCAAACUCGUCUACGCAGGUACAGGCAACACCAUCGAGGAGUGGCUCAUGUCGCUAGGCUUGCCCAUGUAUGUGGAAUCUUUCACCCUGAAUGGUUGGGAUGAGCUUGACAUUGUCAUCCACAUGGACAAGGAGGACCUGAGGAAGUGCGGCAUCGACCGGCUGGGGCAUCUACGCCGUCUCUCUACGGCCCUAGAGCAUCUCAAGAUGUCUUGGAAACCUGUCUAGACACUCUUUCAACUCCCAAAAGGCACCCUGUUGUUUACUCCUCAAACUGUACCAAACAGUGUCAAACUUGAGUUCAUCACAAGUCCUCGCAAGUCCUCGCAAGUUUUCGCAAGUCCUUGCAAGUCCUUGCAAGUCCACCAAAGCCGAAACAUAGUUCUGAUCAUGGUUGCGAAAACACGCCCCAGUAUUCAUACCUAUGACUUGUGAACAAUCUUGUGGACUUGUGAUUUGACCUGUAAUGGUCUCAACUUCAGCUCUGCAAACCGCCCUUGAUUUUCAACUCUCUGAAAGUGCUGUUUCUACACACUGUAUUACAGUUCAAGAAAAAGCAAAAGUGUGGGCAGUAUGGACUCUACCAUAAUUUUGGGAAAGCCGGACAGUUUGAGGAGCAAAUGGCAUUGUUUCCAUGUUUGUGUGAAUCUAAAAGGUUAAAAAAUAACCACCUAUCUUCGGACCUAGUUUGAGCUCUGUGUUGGAAUUUCUAAUGUUAUGCAGGACUGCUUGCCAUCCAAGUUUGCAUGAGAAAAACAAGCAUGCUGGUUUUGUAAAAAAAAAAAAAAUCAGCAGGGACAGUAUGCAGCUGUUUGCAACUGCACAUAGAGUCUACAGUUUGUGCAGAUUGGAUGGGCCACCAUCACAUUAUUGUCUGGUUCCCAUAAGGAGAACACAGACAUUGUGCUGUUUUUUUAAGUAAAGAUAUUGGUUACCAGGCUGAAAAUAUACAAAUAUGACAUGGUCUGAGGGUGGAUAGUCAAUAUUAGAUUGACUAUCCACCCAAAAUAUACCAUGAUAUAUUUGGUUUGCAAUACUUCAUACAUAUUCACCAAUAUUUCGUCAAGUUACGCAAUGCUGUUUGUGUGCCACUGUCUUUUUAUGUACAUAGCACUACCCUUGUGCGAUAAUUCCACAAUUACUCAGUAAGCCCAGGUGUAGUAGACUAUCGCACGUAUCUACCCUGUGUGUGAAUACUUGCAUGCGCGCUUUGUAAACAGAAAAAUUGCAACUGAUACGUGACAGUGCAUGGACCAGUAAGAAUCAGGCUCUCGCUCAUGAUAUGUAUGAGGUACAGUAAUCAUAACUAUGGACGUGCAGGCUGAUAGUUAAGAAAACAAAUAAGAUGGCAGGGGUAUUAGUAUUAAAGGCCUGUUUGUUUGUUUUGGGGUUUUUUUUUGGUUUUUAAUUCAUCUGUCAAAUUGUGUGCAACGUGCUAUUUGCAUAAACUACGAUCCUUUAAUAUUUUGAGGGUACAAAUGUUAUCUUGAUUCCUAUUGGUUAUAUAACCAUAAAAAUAACUUACAAACUAUGACUGCUUCCCCUGGAAAGUGAACGGCACGACGUAUGAAUUACAUGUAAGUUAUCACUCAGUGGCUGUUUGCUGAUUGUAAAAUUUUGUUACAGAAUUAUUCUGUCAGUAAAUAAUUUUAUCUGAUUUCUGUGAAAUCAGGCCCUGCUACAAAUAACUUUAAAAUGACUCGCUGUGCACAGUUUCUCCUCUUGAGGUAUGAUGUGUACGGUGACGAUAUUUCAAUGCUUUUAUACUUCGUGGCUGUAGCCAAAGUGAGUUUCGUGUGACAACGUUAGCCUGUCGCAGGUUUGCAUAAAAUCUUCUUCCUCAUUGGAGGUUGUAAAAAUUUUGAUCUUUCUGUACUGUAUCCACCCACUGUUUUUCUUGCCAAAUUGUUACAAUCGCCUUUCAUUUGUGGUGCAAAUUUUUUAAAGUAAUCAUUGUAGCACAGUAAGGUUUUUUCCACUGCAAUGUCAGAAGUGUAAAACAGAGUUUCGGAAGUUAGCAUAAAAUAGUUUUUGUAUCAUAUUCAUCAGAGGAUUUUUGAAGAAGCAGUAUCAGCCCCCCUCUCAUCCCACUCUCUUCAACUAAAGAGAUAAAAAAAAAUUUUUUUUAAAGGCCUAAAAUAAACGGAGGCCAACAAAAAUAGCUUUUUCAAUCAUCCAGGGAAUUCUUUCAUCUUGGAUGAAAAAGAAAAAGAAUUCAAUCGAAGCACCCAGAAGUUGUGACUUUUAUCAUGAAAUUGUACAAUUACAUUUCUUUCUGCCGAUGUUCAUGAAAAUUCCACAAAAAUGUAGCUGGCCUGAUGUUUCUUAGCCCAAGAUUUUUCUUGGAUAAAAAAUGUCAGGCCUUUCUCAUUUUUGUCAUUUUGUUUAUUUAAAUUCACUCCAGUUUGCAGCAGCUUUUUACUUCUUUGAUGAGAAUUUGUUUAAUGGUUUUGUUGCAAUAAGUUCGUUGUCUCAGUGGGUAGGGUCAAAAGUCACACUGAUACCUUUUCGCUGCUUCCAUUUUUGUUUUUCAGUUCUUCCUCAUUUUAACUUUCUAAACAUCUACACAAGAGCCGCGAGCUCCAAAUCAGAACAAGUUAAAAAAAGUUGUUCCUAAUGGUAUCCACACAUUUUGCUUUAAAUUACCUUUAUUUGUUUUAGGGAUCAUCAGCUUAUACAAUUAUUUGACAUUUUUUCUUAUGAAAACAGUUCAAUUUCUACAACAACUUUGUCAAUUACAUGUACAGAAUGUAUUAUCCAAGGACAACAGGUCGAUUAAAAGGGGGGGAAAAAGAGUAUGAAAAAAUAACUAUUUUAGAUAAUUAACAAGGAUUGAUCAAGACAUCUUUAGUAUAUACAUUUAUCUUAGAUUAUAUGAAAAAGUCACUUAUUGAAUAUUCAGUACAUGUACUUGGAGGACAGAAUGAUUCUAUGCACAGAAGUGAAUCUUUCACCAAAUUAUUUCAUGGAGUAUAUACAUAUUUCUUGGUGAAAAAAAAACUAUUAAUAUGUUUUCCAUUUUCGAACGGUGCUGUUUAUUUGAGGAAUAGUUUAAACGCCUCUCACAAAAGUAGACUUCCCCCAAGUCUGAGACUAGUUACCGCACUGCAAAGUGUGGAGUAUAAUAGAGAGACCUGGACCCAGACUAUCUUGUGCCCUCACAGUUAGACUGUAGAGCGCCCUCUGGUGCUUGUGUUGGGACAAUUUCACUGAGCUAGCACAGACGUUUGAUAAGCACAAAUAAUAUUUGCUUUCCAAAAACUGCUUACCAACCAAAACAAAUCAUGUAAUGUAUUGGUUGUGACUGGUACUCAACUGAUGUUUACUUAGUACCUAACUUGGCAAGUAGGUACUUUCUGCCACAGCAGCACUGUUUCUGUGGGGCAUACUUACACAAUCUUCUUAUUCCAGGGAAAAGGGCUGUCUGGGGAAAAAACCCACAACAUAUAUUCUGUAUCGUUCUAUAUACUCUAAUGAAUUUCUGUGAGUUGACAGUAACUCAUUCAAUAGUUCACAGGAAAACCUCAAAUUAUGAGGUUGAAUUUGUAUUUACAUUCACUUUAUAAUGAUAUCAAAAUUCCUUAAAGAAUUGCCUUAACUUUUCUAAAUGUGUCUGUUGUUUCAUCACAACUCAAUGUCAAUCCAAAUCUGAAUAUUGUAUUGACUGCGAAUCAUUGGCUUAUUAGUAAUCGUUCAAAUUCAAAUCGUCGUCAAUUUACAUAAUCGGAUGUAAUUUUUGGAAGUCAUUUGUUGUAUUGUAUACAUAACUUCAAUCCUGAGGCCUUUUUUGUUUUUUGCUGAAGUGAAUGAGAACAAAAGAGGUGGAAAUUAAAGAAACUAUCGUACGUUUUUUUGUUUGUAAAUAAUGACUUUGUAAUCGACACUAUUCCAGGUGGAUUGUGGGAUACGGUUGCCUUGUGUGUUUUUCUUAACUCCAGUAAUGACACGUCGGUUGGUGAGUCCACAUAUGUACAGGGUGUAUGGUUGAAGUGUGUAUAGAAUGACAUGAUCAGGGGUCUUGUGUGUAUUAAACUUGUAUGAAACAAAAGUGCACUGUAUUUUAAACAAGAAAAUUUCAAACAGUUUGUAAGAUAGAGUCGAAGAAAAACAGUCCAGAUGCACGUCUUAAAUUCCUUAAUAUCAAAAACAUAAUCAGAAGAUAUGUGCAAUGAAGAGUGAUGUUUAUUUUAUAAUUUUCACAGUUUUCGCUGAUUUUAUUAACUCGUUUAAACUGUACAAGAAGGGUAUUUUGAGGUAUUUUAAUUUUAUGUUCUUUAUCUGAGUCUUCUUUUGAUUAUGUCUUCUUUAUUUUAUAUUAUACAUCUCCACAACAGGUUGAACAUCAAAAUUACUGUAUGUGGUUUUGGUAAUGAACUAAUUUAUCCCUAAGCACUGCUUCUUUGAUUUUUGUAUGUGGCCUCAAAUUUAUUUUAUAAUUUACGAUGGAUGUACAUUUAGUGGACUUUGAAAAAGAAAGAGGAUCAUGGACGGAAGAAUAAGCCUUAAAAAAGAGUUUACAAAAUAUCCUCUACAUUAUUCCACGUAGGCCAUGCCCUACGUUCAUAUUAGUACGGCAGAUAGGUGAUGGGAUUGUGCCUUUGAUGAUACAAGCAUGGCAUUUGGCACACAGAGUAUGUCAUCAGAAAGAUAUUUGGCUAUAGGGUCAUCGCAGAUUUGUCCUCUGAAAAAAUAUAACAAUGGCAGCCACUUUGAAAAUUGUGAAAAUUGCUUGUUCAUGCCAAAUUCCAUGCUUGUAUCAUCAAAGGCACAAUUCCCCGAUAGUUCCCCUAUCUGCCCCACUAUAUUGUUCAAGGCCCUAAUCCACCACUGUAAAUUUCUCACACUUGCCACAGUUUUUUAAGAUCAUUUGGAUGAUGUCCAACAGUUCAAGCUACAGUUUACUCAUAAUUAUAUAACAUGAUAAUUAUAUAACCCCCCCCCUUCCGAUUUUAUUUAUAAUUUAUGAAAGAGAGGUAAACCAUUAAAUAAUUAUACAGAGAGUAAACGAA